UUUUCUUUUCUUGAAAUAAAUGAAGGCCAAAUUAAAGACUAAUAAAGUAAUCGACAUUGCACUUAAAGAAGAAAAGUUUUAUUUUCCAGGAGAAACUAUUCAAGGCACUGUCAUUGUACAGCCAAAGAGUUCCAUAAGAGUGAAUCCAAUCAUUCUCAAGUUUACAGGUGUCAUUAGCAUAUCAGAUAAAGAAUCUAUUCCUUUAUUUCAGUCAUGUAAAACAAUUCCAGUCAAUGAAGGAAAAGGAAAAUUGGAACAAAAACCAUAUCAAUUUUCAUUUGACUUUCUUGUGCCUGAUAAUCUACCGAGUGUCAUGGAUUUUGGAAAGAAAAAACUAGCACGUAUAGAAUACAAAUUGAUAGCAAUACUGGAUCGACCUAUGUUGCCUGAGGGUUUAUGUCCGAGAAUUGAAUAUCCCAUCAAUAUACUAGAAUAUGUUGAUGUUACCAAAGAUAAUUUCAAUAGACCCAUUGAAAAACAAAAGGAAGUGACUACAACAAACUAUGGUAAAUGUCAAGUAAGAUUAUCAGUACCAAGGUCAGGAUAUACCAGAGGAGAGACAGUACCUGUCAGUAUUAUCGUUGGAACUGGUUCGAGUUAUGUUCGAAAGGAUGGGCUUAUCGUCGAACUGAUUCGUAAAGUGAAAAUACAGACAUCAAAAUAUAGAAUAGAUGAGGAGCAUGUAUUAAAAUCAAACAAGUUUGAUAUAAACAUCAUUGGACCUUAUAACUUUUCUCAGUCAAUUGCCAGUCAGAUAGUCAUUCGAAAUACUCCACCAACCAUACGAUAUAAAGAAAAGAUGGUUCGGAUCCAUUACAAGAUAAGAGCUCAACUCAUCUUGGACGAUAAGAAGACUCCUUCUAGUUCAUUCUUUAUUGAAAUACCUAUAUCUGUAGGCACUUGGCCACCUGCAGAUGUACCUAUUGAUGAUGACGAUGAUGAAGACAUUAUACAUUAUAUGGGAGAAAUGAUGAUGAGCGAUGAUGAAGAGGAAGAUGACAUUUGGAUAGAAGACAAUGAUAUCCAGGAUGCACGUAGAGCAAGUUCAAAUGGGUCUACAACCUCAUCAAGACUAUCAGACUACAACAUACCAGCAAAUAAUUACAUCAACAGAUCCUCUUCUACUCCUGACCUCAUUGUUAAUCCUUUACAGCAGCAAAUGAAUCAUAGAUCGUCUUACUAUGAGCAUCGUACAUCCAAAACAUUUGCCUUUACGCCCGCUACAUCUCCUACUCAGCAUAAAAGAAUAGGAUCGGAGGAUUUUAAUAAAAGAAAUGUACCAAACCAUACGCUUACUUAUUUAUCAUCUGCUCCCACCACGCCCACAACAUCAACAACACAUGACAAUAUUAACUAUGCCAAUACUACUACUAUUACUAAUACUGCUAAUGCUGCUAAUACUAGUACACCUACAUCUGCAAUGAUUUAUCCUAAUACCCAUAAUAGUAAUACCUCAUCCGUCAUUGGUAACUCUUUCUCUUCUUCUUCGUCUUCAGACGAUGACGAUGAAGAUGAUGAUUUAUUUGCAAUCAUUGAAAAAAAGAAAAAGAAGGAAGAACGAGAAUUAAGAAGAAAACAAAGAAUGAUCUAUGGCGUAAACUAG